AUGGAGACUUCGGAGUCCAUUGGGAAAGAUGCCCAUGUUUUGCAAGUUCUCGUGCUUGACGGUGGUUUCGGAACGACACUGGAGGAUAUGUUCCACCAGAACAUAUCCACACCCCUGUGGUCAGCGAAGCCUAUCGAGGACAACCCGGCACUGAUUAUCGAGACACAUCUUGCGUUCUUGCGGGCCGGCGCAGAUGUCAUUCUCACCUCAACAUACCAAUGUGCAUUCAGCACAUUCGAACGAUGCGGCUACGGGAAGGACGACGCUAAACGGAUAAUGUGCAAGGCUAUCAAGCUGGCGGCGGAAGCCCGAAGACGCUUCGUGAACGAACAAGCGGACAGCGGAGCGUGGGCGACUGCUAGAAGGAUCAACAUCGCACUAUCGUUAGGCCCUUUCGGAGCAACGCUCUCUCCCGCGCAAGAAUUCGACGGCUUCUACCCUCCUCCGUAUGGUCCGCGAGGAUACUCCGAGGACGGAAAGAAUUGCAAUGCCUUCCAGGACACCCAGGAGGGACGGCGACUCGAGGAAGAAGCUAUAGAUGCGUUGACGGCGUUCCACCUGGAGAGGCUGCGCGUGUUUACGGAGGACAGGGAUGUGUGGGACCUGAUCGACUUCAUCGCAUUCGAGACAGUGCCACUCACGAGGGAGGUCAAAGCGAUUCGCAGGGCCGUAGGGAUGCUACAGAACGAAACAGGUGUAGCAGAAAUGAAACCGUGGUGGAUCGGCACCGUAUAUCCCGGCGGUCGCUUCCCCGAAGAGCGGACACAAGGUGGAGAGAGACUCAGGGCAUGCGACGUCGCGGAAGCCGCAUUGGGACAGAAAGGGCGCAUUCAAACACCACAUCCAUGGGGUUUAGGCAUUAACUGCACAGAACCGAAGUACCUCGGCGGACUACUGCAGGAGAUGACGAGUGCGGUUGGCCAUAUACUCAAUGGCAAGCAGAAGCCGUGGCUGGUUGUGUACCCAAAUAGAGGCGACGCGUACGAUCCGGCGACGCAGACGUGGUCAACAGGGGAGCCACCAGCGGUGGGUGAGGGUUGGGCACGCAGGCUGUGCGAGAUGGCCCAGCCAAUCUUGAAACAAGAAGUCUGGCACGGAGUAAUUGUAGGAGGGUGUUGCAAGACAGGCCCUGCAGAGAUCGCGGCACUGGCACGAGAGGCGAGAAAAGAGCACCUGGGUAUUGACGAGGCUUAG